GUAUGGCAGUGAUCAGGACGUUGAUGUGAGGUAUGAUGGUGAUCAGGAUACGGUAUGGUGGUGAUCAGGACGCUGGUAUGGCGUAUAGCGUUGAACAGGACACUGGUAUGGGGUAUGGCGGUGAUCAGGAUGCUGAUAUGAAGCAUAGCGUUGAACAGGACACUGGUAUGGGGUAUGACGGUAAUCAGGACGCUGGUAUGAGAUAUAGCAUUGAACAGGACACUGGUAUGGGGUAUGGCGGUGAUCAGGAUGCUGGUAUGGGGUAUGGCGGUGAUCGGGAUGCUGGUAUG